AUGGUUUCACAACAUACUACCGAGGUUCCCAGUGGUUCUUGGGACAAUCAUAUCCACGUCUUCGAACCCUCCAAGCAUCCCUAUUCCCCAGACAGAUCCUACACACCAGGUGCUGCUCCAUUAACAGACUAUCCCAAGGAUGCCACUGGCUGCAGCAACAUCGUCGUUGUCCAGGCUACCGUCCAAGGCACUGACACGACACCUCUGCUCGAUACGCUGAGCCUCAAGUCGCCGCACGGAGGUGUCUUGCGCGGCCUUGCCGUACUUGACUUGGAGAAGGUCUCUGACGAGGAGCUCGAUCGCUUGCAUUCUGCAGGUGUGCGAGGUGUCCGCAUGCACGAGGUAUCGUGGGGUUUUGGAGACCAGCCCAGCGACAAUGCCGUGGCUGAGAAGAUCACAUAUGCCGCCCAACGUCUCAAUCGGCUGGGGUGGGUUAUUGACCUUUAUAUGCACCCGAAAGCUUGGGCUGCUCUUGCACCAACAAUAGAAGCAUUGCCGCCAUCUACUAAAGUCGUUGCGGAUCACUGGGCAGGUUUCCGCGCGGGAGGUGAGGAUAGCCCUGAGUUUCAGGUCUUCCUGCGCCUCUUGCGUGACCAGCGACUCUACGUCAAGCUGUCCGCAUUUGAGCGCCAAUAUCACGGUAAUGAUAUGGGCAUCUCGUCCCUGGAUAACAUGGCCAGGGCUAUCAUUGAGGCCGGACCCAACCGUAUUCUGUUUGGUUCGGAUUGGCCUAACACUGCUCUGGCGUCAGAUCGCGAGGGCAGGACGCGGGAGGAAAGGCUGACCAUUGUGGAGGGUUUCAGAACGGUUCCUCAUGCGGAACAUGUGGCGCGUUUACGUGAAUGGAUCCGGGAUGAAGUCGUUUGGAGGAAGUUCUGGAUUGAUAACCCGGCCACGGUCUUUGAAUGA